CGCCUAACAUAUCUGCCGCCCAUCAUGGAGCUCUCCUGCAGCAGUUGCAACAGAACCUUCCCCUCAGUGUCUGCCCUGGAACGGCACCGGCUACGGUGCCGAUUCCGCCCUUCGAGCCGGCGCAAGGCGUGUGCUGAAUGCUCGCGAUCCAAGGUCCGGUGCGACCAAGCACGGCCCAGCUGCUCGAGGUGUGUCGUUCACGGCCUAGUGUGUGUGUACCCGAACUCGAACUCCGAGGGACUCCGCUCAACGCCGAAUCACCAAGUCGCUGUUCCGUCGGCUUCACAUGCCGUGACGCUGCCCCUCACUCCAUCUUCGGACCUGUCGCAGCCACAAUCACAACAACCUGAAUGGAGGCCGCUUAGCCAGGGUGACCCCCUAGCCGACCCCUCAGCCUGCCUUUCUGUCCCGACUUGGCUUCCGGCAGAAUGGCAAACCGACCUUCUCCCUUUCCUAGAUGAAGGUUAUUCAAGUUACAGCACCGAGCUCUCCCUUGGAGGACGCAUGACACCCAGGUUAGACGGCAAUGCACAUCUCGCGUCACGUCCAAAACCAAGUCCGUUCGAGGAUUUGUCACUAUUCCUCGGCGAGAAAUGGAAGACGGCACAGCAGGGACUCGACUUCAUAGACAGCGUGCUCAAUGCCAAUGUGGAUAAUUUUGUUACUGGGCUGCGAAAGCCCCUGUUUAUCCACUUCCGGGACUGGGACAUGAGCCAGAGACCAGCAGCGCUCGUAGAAGCAGUGACGGUGGGCCAACUGUACAUGUACGCCAUCCAGACAGGACAAUCCGACGUAGUUCUCCGAGCGCUCGAUGCGCAGCUCGCCCAGAUCCAACUCAAAGUCUCAAAAAUGCAAACCGCGCGCGAAGACGUCGAGAUGCUCCAAGCAGUUCUACAAUACGCAUCCAUGCGCGUCUACCGCGCCGGGCCCAUCGCGUCAGAGUGCGUAGACCCCAUCUCGCUGAGGCUGAUGCAGCACGUCCUAAGCAAAUCCCUCGGCAGCAUGUCCCCGCCCACCUCCCCAACCCCUUCCGGGCCUUCCCCCUCCGCCUGGCAAAGCUGGAUCCUCGACGAGUCCAUCCGCCGCGCCUUGCAUCACCGUCCACGCGCUCAACUACGCCACCAACGCCCGCCAAAACUUCCCCACGGGCCCGCUGCCGCUGCCGCAGCACAUUUGGGAGGUGCCCACGGCAGACGAGUGGGCGGCGCGGUACCGCGCUUGGGAAGAAAGGUACUGUGGUGGUCAUGCUGAUGACGGCCCGCUGAGGGGGGAGAUGUGCUUGCCUGGGUGCAGGGUAAGGAGACCGGCAGGGAGGAGCAGGUGAGGGAAUGGUUUCAACCAACUCAACCGAAGCCUCAAAGUUGAACUGGUUGAUCCAACCUCGCUAAAAUUGACGAAGGUCAUGGCUGUCGAGGCGCCGGUAGGACAUACAUUGACCAACGGUCCAAGCACUCCAGGAAUUUAAAGGAUAAAAGGGGAUAGAUCCACCCCUUAAUAAUAUAAUACUAUGAUUGACCCACGUCCG